AUGAAAAAAACACAACGUUUUUCGCAAAACCAUAUGUUAAAAUUACAGUAAUAAAAAAAUUUCACUAGUGCCAAAGGAACCCUAACUUAGACACGAAAGUAGUAAACAAAACAGUCCAUUAACGGCCAUUCGAAUGAUAGUAGUAAACACUAUUUAGCUUCAACUCAUAUAGAAAUGAGGCAAAAGUUGUUUAAAAGAAACAUGGCGUUCUGGAUUCCGGUCAACAAGAACAAGGUCCACGUGAGCAAGGUGAAGCCGCGGCACAACAUCGUGACGUUUCAGAAGGCGCUGCGGGCGACCGUCAUCGUGGGGCAAGCCUUCUCUCUGAUACCAUUUGUUGGUGUCUUCACUAACGAUGCCAAUGAUGUCAAAUUCGUGAGAACAUCAUGGAAGUGUGUCUACUCGCUAAUGUCUCUCUUCGGACAGAUGUUCAUGACCGUGUUAUGUAUAAGCAAGCUGGCUAAAACCACCAUCUCACUUAACGGCACUUCGCCCGUGAUCUUCUACGUGACGACUUGCGUGACAAUGAUGAUGUUCUACCAAGUGGCACGCCGGUGGCCAGAGCUAGUGCAGCACAUAUCUAAGGCGGAGGAAAUAGAUCCCAACUUCGAUAGUCACUUAACAAGGAAGUGUAAUAUCACUUGUGGGAUCGUACUGUUUUUGGCUCUGAUGGAACACAUUCUCUCUUUGCUGUCAGCAUUCGCGGGCGCUGCAGUAUGCAACGCUAAUAUGGAUACCUACGAGGGAUUUGUCCGACACUUCUACCCCUGGGUCUUUAACUUUAUACCUUAUUCCAUGAUACUGGGGCUCGUCACUCAGUUCCUUCACUUCCAAUCGACAUUCAUCUGGAACUUCUCCGACUUGUUUGUGAUAUGCAUGAGUUACUAUUUGACGUCCAGAAUGAAGCAGGUCAACAAAAAGUUACUGGCGGCGCAAGGGAAGUACCUACCCGAAGUAUUUUGGAAGACGACUCGCGAGGACUACUGCAGAGCGACGCAGAUUGUGCGCAAAGUCGAUGACGUCAUCAACGGGAUCGUCUUCAUAUCCUUCACGAAUAACCUGUUCUUCAUCUGUUUACAGCUAUUUAAUACGUUGGAAGACGGCCUAAAAGGGACCGGAGAGUGCAGCAGCAAGAACAAAAAGAUAGUAGUCCCAAAGACAGGUCCUCUCGGCGGCCACGAAGCAGCGACGUAUUUCCUCUUUUCCCUGGUCUACCUUCUGUCUAGAUCUGUGGCUGUAUCUCUGAUAGCAUCGCAAGUGAACAGUGCGUCCUCUGUGCCAGCGCCGGUGCUGUACGAUGUGCCAUCACCAGUGUAUUGUAUUGAGGUACAAAGAUUUUUAGACCAAGUUAACGGGGACAAGGUCGCACUGAGUGGUCUGCAGUUUUUCUCUGUAACUAAAGGAUUACUUCUAACGGUGGCCGGGACUAUAGUGACGUAUGAGCUAGUGAUGUUCCAGUUCAAGACACCGACUCCACAGCUGAACACGACUACGCCAACUCUAUCAUCAAUAUAUAAUGUAACUAGUACCUUGGGUGCAUUGGUUACUUAAACAUUCGUUUGUUUUAUU